AACUCCACAGACUCUUGCAGGUCCAGAUGAAGACAAUGAUGAAGAAGACGAAGAAGAUGAUGCUUCCUCUCCAGCUGAUUGUGAUUGUUUGCCUGUCUUAUGGACAGGCAGAAGAUUCCACCAACAAGCAACCCAUCUCUGAUGACACCCGUGACCCUUUCAUUACCCUUUUCUCUGGCCUGUCUGCCGAGGUGGGGAACCUGAGGAGGGAGGUUGAGGACUUGAAAAAGUCACGCAACUCUGUAGGUGUGGCCUUCUCAGCUGCCCUGAGACCUCCUAUCCAGGACAAUGAGGGCUACGGCAACACCGGGCCCUACCAGGGAGACAUCAAACUGGUCCACAGUCACAUCAUCACCAACGUUGGCAACGCGUUCAGCCCCCAGACAGGAGCAUUCACAGCACCAGUACAUGGAGUCUACUACUUCACUUUCACCUCCUAUGCCUGGAAAAAGGAGGCCAACAUCGGUGUGGCCCUUUACAAGAACCAAGAGCAGGUAGCUCUGGUCUAUGAGUAUCAGGACAAGGGGGACAAUGAAGACUUUGCAUCCAACGGGGCCACCCUGCAGCUGGCCAAAGGAGACAUCGUUUACCUGGUCCUACCGUCUGGUUUCCAGGUGACCAGUAAUGCUUUCAAAAACGUCAGCACCUUCAGUGGCUUCCUUCUCUUCCAGGUUGAAGGAGAAAACGUCUGAGAGACUGAGGGGGUCAGGGUGUAGGUUGGGAGGGUUCUGCACUUAACUUCCACACAUUAUAAUCUCUUUUGCUGUCAUUUACAUGUGUGUGAGGCAAUAAAAGCAAUGUUAAAAACA